CCCUGUCCGGUUGUUACCCACCAAUCACAUCCUGUAUAUAGUUACAUAUCUCUAAGAUUUAUAAAAUUGAUAAAUAGUUAUCUAAAUAAGUUUACUAUCUAAUAUCAUGAUUAAAAAAUAUAUAUUUACAAUAUACAGAUCUAAAAAUAAAUUGAACAGAUGAUUAUCUUCGAUGGAAAGUAUAAAGUAUUAUUUUCAUAUGUGAAAAUACAAAUUGUAAAGAACUUAGAUCUUAUUAAAAUUUAGUAAUUAAGAAACAGUUUAAAGUUCUGACACACAAAGGAGGAAUUUGGCAAGGAUGUUACAACUUAAUGCAAUUGUUUGCAUUAUGAGUACAAAAUUCACAUCUCGAUUAUAUUGGCGAUUUACUACAUUGUUUUCUUCAAACUCAAUGAGAAGUGCAUCAGAAUUUAGUACUAUGGCUCUUAAGCAAAACCAUGUGUUACCAUCAAGUAUAAAACAUGUGACCUAUCAGAAAAAUUUCGAGACACUGAAAGAAAAGGUGCUAAGCUCUUUAAUAUCUAAGCUAUCUAAUACAUCAAUAAUUCAUAAACUUCAACAAGCUAAUAAUAUUGAUGAGUUGUUGAAACUUAUAAGUGUACCAAAUUUGACUGAAGCUGAAAUUUCGACAGUAAUGAAAGCUAUUAUAUCUUGGGUAAAUGAAAACAAUAAGGCUAACACAGAUAAAGAAAAUAAAAUUGAAAAUGUAAAUAACAGGACUGAUCCUAAAUAUGAGAAAGCAACAUCAAAAAAUAAUUUAAAGACCUCAAUAGAUGACUCUUUAUUGAAAUAUAAGGAUCUUUCUACCUCUUCAAUGAUCCAGGAAGUAUUAAAAUUAGCAAAAGAAAAGAAGAGACAAAUUAAAGAACUAAACUAUUUGCUUGAGGGUAUUAGAAAAUUUAAUGAAAAGAUAAAUGUACAUGAUUGUUCAAGCUUAUUGUAUAGUAUGGCCACUUUGAAAUAUAUUGAUAUGGAACUUUGUAAUCUCAUUAGUGAAACUCUUAUAAAAAAUAUCUAUAUAUCGAAUAUCACUGUAACGAGAUCUGUUCUAUACUCUAUGGCAAAGCUUAGAUAUAAAAAUGUAAAAUUUUUAAAGCAUAUUUGUCAACUUAUCAUUAAUAGUGGACAGUUAUACCCUACACAUAUUUUAAAUAUUAUACAAUCAUUAGCUAUGUUAGGCUUUGUUUCAAAAGAAACAGAUACAGUCAUAAAGAGAUACCUGCCAGUAGUAACGAUAGAUUUAUUGGGAAUUGAUAAUUGGUUAAAUUUUGUCUGGUGCUUAGUUCUACUAAAUAAUGUACAAAAAUCACAUAUUGCAUCUGUAUUAAGUAAUGAAUUUAUCAGGACAUUGUUUACUGCAGAUGCACAGAAAGAUGUAUUACAGCAAAUAAAAUUAUUAAAUAUCAAUGGUGCAGCAAAAUACUUGGCCACAGAUUAUGAUGGACCUUUACUUGAAAAAGAUAUAAUUCAAAAUGAAGUAGCAGCAUACUCCAAAGAGAAACAGAAAUAUGUCCUUAAAUUGGAAAAAACCUUAAACUUUAUGUCACAAUCGCAAAAUUGUUUCCGGUCAAGUGUAAAUACAGGGAUGGGUUUUCUAUUGGAUGCUGAGUGCUAUGUAAAUUCUAAUUUUAACUUUGUUGACCUAAAUACUGCAAAAAAUGAUAAAAUAAACAAAUUGGCUAUAAUAAUAAAUGAUUAUAAUGCCUAUUGUCAUGGAAAUGAGGAUACUAAUGGCAUAGUUAAAUUCCAAAAAAGAUUAUUAAACCACAGUGGAUAUAAAGUGAUAUCAAUUUCUUAUAAACAUUUUGGUCUAGAAGACAAUCUUGUUAAACUUACAUCUCUUUUAACAUCCCGCAUUAAAGUAUCGUAAAUAUGAUUUAUUAAAAUGUCAUACGUAAUAAAUGAACAAUAUAAACAAUGUAUUUACAUUUAUAAUUUAUGUUUAUUUAAUUUUUCCAGUCAAUAUUUAUAUAAAUUGUAUAUAAGUAGUAAUUCGUUUAGCACUAAAGCAAU